AUGCGAUCACGAUGCCGCCACCACCUGGUCAACGUCUUCGAGCGCACGCAGCAGACGUCCCUCCUCCGCCUUGCCCCGCAGCCCCCUAAAUGGACCUGUCAGUCGCGACGAUGCUACGCCACUACAGCAGCGGUGGAGGCGGCGGAGGACGAUGUGCCAUCGCGCGGCCUUGCCAUAUCGUCCCGAGCGAGACGUAACGAGCUUGGUGUCCAGCAGGUUUCAUCCCAUGUCUACCCGCAGCUGUUCCCCGUGCAGUCAACGACGAGGCCGUCGCCGGAGUUGAUCAAGCUGUCGCAAGACCAUCUUGCCCGCCAUGAGUUGUUGGGAAAGAAAAGCGACAACAGCGAGCCCAUCGGCUUCGACUUGCCAGCCCUGCAGGGCACAUCCUUGGAUGAGCACUUCUAUCGGCUGGGUAUGGACAGCGCAGAGCCAUACUUGUCGCUGUCGAAGAAGUAUGCUCGAGCCUCACCGCCGGAGAGACCUCGAAAAUGGGCGCAUCAGAGCGGAUGGACGAAGUAUUACGCGGACAGGAGUUGGGAGGCCAUCGCAGCUCCGGAUGCCGACGUAUUGACGUUCGACACGGAGGUCAUGUGGAAAGAGAGCAGUUUCCCGGUCAUGGCCUGCGCUGUAUCGGCUACACAUUGGUAUGCAUGGUUGUCGCCAUGGCUGCUUGGGGAGAGUGAGAACGAUAGGCAUUUGAUACCGCUAGGAGACACGACGCAAGAACGACUCGUCGUUGGACACAACAUUGGCUAUGAUCGAGCUCGGAUACUGGAAGAGUACAGCGUAGAUCAAUCGCGCAACUUCUUCAUGGACACCAUGAGCCUGCAUGUUGCCGUGAAUGGCAUGUGCGGCAGACAACGGCCGACAUGGAUGAAGCAUCGAAAAGCGCGCGAGAUCCAGGACCAGAUCGCGGUGCAAGACGAGACAGCCGAUCUGUCGAGCUUGCUUGAUUCCAAGGGCAAUCUCGACGAGGAAGCAGAUCUCUGGGUCGGUCGAUCAUCGGUCAACAGCCUACGAGACGUUGCAAAGUUCCAUUGCGGCGUUACCAUCGACAAAGCGCGGCGUGAGUGGUUUGGGGAGCUUGACCGGAAAGGCGUUGUCGGGCGAUUGGACGAGCUCUUGGACUACUGCGCAGCUGAUGUGGAUAUCACGCACCGAGUGUACAAGAGAGUCUUCCCACUAUUCGUGGAGCUAUGCCCACAUCCGGUGUCUUUCGCAGCAUUGCGGCACCUUUCAUCUGAGAUCCUGCCGAUCAACAAGACUUGGGAGGCCUACAUCAAGAACGCGGAGGCGACAUACCACAAGCUCUCGUCUGCCGUCGAGGAGCGUUUGGUUGAUUUGGCUGAGAAGGCGCUCGAGCAUCGCUCAUCGCCAGAAGUGUAUAAAAAUGAUCCGUGGCUUUGCCAAUUAAAUUGGGGUGGACAGGAGGUGCGGAUGGUGAAGGGCAAGAAGAAAGGCGAUCCUCCGAGGCCCGCUGCCAGACAGAAGAAACCAGGCAUGCCUACUUGGUACAAGGACUUGUUUGCGAAGACUGAUGGCCCGAUUUCCCUGACUGUGAGGACACGCAUCGCACCGCUUUUGCUGCGACUAGCCUGGGACGGACAUCCCCUAGUCUGGUCUGACAAGUUCGGCUGGACCUUCAAAGUGCAGCGAGAUGCUGCGGCCAAGUACAGAGAGCAGACGCUGACCCUCUGUGAUAUGCAUGAGGAGGAGAACAAGGAUCUUCGUGGUGAUACUGAGCACGCCUACUUCAAGCUACCACACAAAGAUGGACCUGCGGCAAGAUGUGCUUCACCCCUUGCAAAAGGAUAUUUGCAGUUCUUUGAGAACGGCACGCUGGCAUCCGAGUAUAAGUACGCCAGAGAAGCUUUGGAUAUGAACGCUAGUUGCAGCUACUGGAUUAGUGCAAGAGACCGAAUCACGGGCCAGAUGACGGUUUACGAAAACGAUUUGUCCACUGGCAAGACGGACAGCGAGCUUGGCUACAUUCUCCCGCAGGUCAUUCCCAUGGGCACCAUCACUCGGCGAGCAGUGGAGAAUACCUGGCUCACCGCAGCAAACGCGAAGGCGAACCGAGUGGGCUCGGAGCUGAAGUCUAUGAUUACAGCGCCGCCAGGCUACUGCUUUGUCGGUGCCGACGUCGACAGUGAAGAGUUAUGGAUCGCAUCACUUGUCGGCGACGCGGCUUUCAAGCUUCACGGUGGCAAUGCCAUUGGCUUCAUGACGCUGGAGGGAACCAAAGCUGCCGGUACCGACCUGCACUCAAGAACCGCAAAGACUCUUGGCAUCUCGAGGAACGAUUCGAAAGUCUUUAACUACGGGCGGAUUUACGGCGCAGGGCUGAAGUUCGCGCAGUCUCUCCUCCGGCGAUUCAACCCGACCUUGACCGAAGCAGACGCAAGCCGCAUCGCGGAGAAUCUAUAUCUCGAAACCAAAGGCAAGAAGGAGCGACGAAAGGUCUUGAGCGAACGAGCUUUCUGGCGCGGCGGCACCGAGAGCCUUGUCUUCAACAAGCUCGAAGAAUUCGCCGAGCAAGAACGUCCGCGAACACCUGUGCUUGGCGCUGGUAUCACGGAAGCCCUCAUGCGUCGUUAUAUCGGCAAAGGCAAUUUCAUGACUUCCCGCAUCAACUGGGCCAUCCAGUCGUCAGGGCAGGACUACCUGCAUCUUUUGAUCGUCAGCAUGGACUACCUUCUCCGCCGCUACAACAUCGACGCUCGUCUGGCGCUGACCGUGCACGACGAGAUUCGGUAUCUGGCGAAGAAGGAGGACAAGUACCGCUGCGCCAUGGCCCUGCAAGUCGCGAACGUCUGGACCCGCGCUAUGUUUAGCCAGCAGAUGGGCAUCGACGACCUACCGCAGUCUUGUGCCUACUUCAGCGCCGUGGACAUCGACCACGUCUUACGAAAAGAAGUCGACAUGGACUGCAUCACGCCCAGCCACCCGACCGCCAUCUCUCCCGGCGAGAGUCUCGACAUCCAACAACUGCUCUCCAAAGGCAACGAAGCACUCCUGGACCCUGCAGUUGAAGCCAGAGAUCCUCCCCGCCCCGAGCGCUUCGCCUACACCCCCCGCACGCCCGUGAUGGAGAGCCUCCUCACACCGCACGCGAUGCACUACCUCCGCGCGCAAAUCACCUCCGGGCCCGCCGAGCUGAACAAGAUCCUCAAAGAGCUGAAACCGGCUUCCCCGUCGCGGGGCGUGAAACUCCACGACCGUCCUGAACCAGGACCAGCGAAACGGCGUGCUCCGGCCAAGAAGUCGUCGGAGAGAGAAAUGGGACCGCCGAAGUCUUCGUUCGCGGCGAGACCUUACUCGCAGCACCCGGAGUUGAUGCCGGUGGAUGUGGGGGCUUUGUACCCGCGGAGGGGUUCGCCGUCUUAUCAGUACGAGGGUGUGAGGAGGGAGGCGAGGACGACGGCCCUGGGGUUUAUGCCUUGGAGGAAGCAGCUGAGUAGGCAAGGGGAUGCUGUGAGGCACUGA